AUGAAAAAGCAUUACAGAAAAGUUGAUUUCGAUGUUGUGGCCGCGAAGUACCGUCAGUUUGGAGAUUUUUUCCCUUGCUCGCGUCAAUUCGUAACAAAAUGUCUUCGAGACAUGGAUUUGCACUGUGUGCAAUCGAGAUAUGAUUCUAUACCCGUAUGCCUGGGAAUUGCUUAUUGUCUUGACUGUCCAGUUGCGAGCAUGUCAUCGCAAUACUACGUCAUGUCACGCCCUACCAUUCUACCUGAGGAGCUUCGACCACUUGCUAUAAACGAGUUGAAGAUUGUCGAUCUUAAUACAGAUUUCUACUGUGUGGAUGACGAGGGAGGUAAGGCUGUCCUCAAACUGAAAGUGUUUCAUCCUGAAAUGUCUGCACUGCGGAGAGUGCCAGCAACGUCACGACCUCUUCUUGCGCUUCUAAUGAAUUCGACUCUGCUUCCCAAACUUCCAGCUGCGGUCCAAGUCGAGACGGUGGAAUCAGAGUCGUAUACUUCUGCAAAACUACGAGCGGUGAUUAAGUGGGUCGAGGAAACCAAUCCAAUUCACGUUCUUCGGGCGAUAAUGGAGUCAGUCACUGACCCUAAGUGCAUGGACUAUAUUUCAGGCAACAUAUUGGUGUACCUCAAAGAAUUUUGUCCUGACUUUGCGGAGGCCUCUAACGUCCUUAAGGUAUUUGAUUUGGGACGGCACGUUCCGGCAGUGAAAGCACCGAUGCAGAGUGUUAAGGAAGAGGAGGAGGAACAAAGGCAAAGGUCUUCUUCACCCAUGUUUUUCUUCCAAACGGCAGCUAAAAUGUUGAAGGGCUCUGCGUCACCGGAUCGUCCCGUUGACUUUCUUUAUCGUUGGCCUGCUGCGAUAGCUCAUUUAUACCGUUCUAAUAUGUUGGAAAAAGUAUUUAUUGUCGCACUUUACUGUAAAUUUGGUGUUGUUUUAAGUUAUACUAGCGAGUACCUCGUUGAAUUGCCCUGUGUUUAUGGGCCGAGCAGAAUCCUACGCUAUGCGCACUACUGCCUGAUAAGAGGAGUGGAAGAAGCAAAUGGCCUUGCCUCCAAACUGGUGGGACUACGCCCCCAUGCGAAGGAAAUAUGUUACGAGGGUAACUUUUGUUACAAGACCUACAUGAUGAAGGUGAGGUCCAUGCACUUGCCGCGUAACUGCUCGGUGGACGACUUCAUCCACGCCUUCAUUGGGCUAGAUUGCAGACUAGACGUGCCCGAGUGGAGCGUCGCCUUGGUGCUCUCCUGUGUUUUGUGGCAUCAGCAAAAGGUGGAGCAUCGGAACUGUGAUGUUGCUGAGUGUGCGUUGGUAUUGUCGGUGCUAGUGUUGGCAGUGGCAACGCAUUUUAAUAUGGAGUGUGGUGUGUCGGCUGUGGCGGACCACUACGAUGCCUUGAAAUCGUUGGUUGUGACGAAAAUGGAGGAGAGUGGUGCAUGUGCGAGUCCGGCGGUGGAGAAGGAGUUGAUUCACAGCGUGUUGGAGUUGAUGGUGGUGUAUGACCACUAUGUGUCCCUGUGUCGACUUCUUACUGCACUGCAGGAGGACAGUGGGAUACCCGACUUCUCAUCUGCCGCUUACAAUCGUUAUCCACCAAACUAUGCGGUGUUUCCUUCGCUAGCCUUAGUGGUGCACAUGGCUGCUCAUCUGAGGUGUGAGGAUACGCCGUCUGCUGUGGCCACGCGACUGUGGGUGGUGAAUGCAUUCCUGCGUGCCACCAACGAUGCUAACGAUGUGGCGAGAUUGAAGAACGCUGUGACCGUGUUUUCCACUCUGGUAAAAUUUAUGUCACAGGUGAAGUUGAAUUUGACCGCACCAAAGGUGGUUGUGGCUGAUCCACCGUCUUACUUUUUGCCCACGAAGGAACGGUUGCUGCUAAAGCGUUUUUCUCACCCACGAGGUAAUGCAUUCCCGUUCAGGCCAAGUGGCAAUAACAAGGGUAGACUACCGCAAACGCGCAACGCUUUGACAAUGAAUGGAGGAAGCUACGCCAGCCGAUUGACUGAACGGAUCGAGAGGAUGAGAUUGAAUUCAUAG